AUGGCUCCCCCGCUCCUCCUCCUCGUCGUCUUCCUCCUCCCGGCCCUCGCCGCCGGCCACCAGCACCCCUCCUCCUACGGCUCCUCCGCCCUCUCCGAAUGGCGCAACGCCAAGUCCUCCUACUUCGCCGCCGACCCCGGAGACGCCAUCGGUGGCGCGUGCGGGUUCGGGGAUCUGGGGAAGCACGGGUACGGGAUGGCGACGGUGGGGCUGAGCACGGCGCUGUUCGAGCGCGGCGCCGCCUGCGGCGGCUGCUACGAGGUCAAGUGCGUGGAGGACCUCAAGUACUGCCUCCCCGGCACCUCCAUCGUCGUCACGGCCACCAACUUCUGCCCGCCCAACUACGGCUUCCCGGCCGACGCCGGCGGCGUCUGCAACCCGCCCAACCACCAUUUCCUCCUCCCCAUCCAGGCGUUCGAGAAGAUUGCGCUCUGGAAGGCUGGCGUCAUGCCCAUCCAGUACCGCCGGAGGAAAGCACCUAUGAGCCUUUUGAUGCAGCAUCGAGCCAUUGACUAUCUAGAGUAUCACAUGCUCGAUUUGCGUGAUUUGAUCAAUUAUAGUUGUACUGUACUACAGUUUGGUUCAGUAUUUGCAUCCUAUUCAUUGGUCGUCAAGUGCCUUCGUGAAGGCGGCGUGCGGUUUUCGGUCUCCGGGAAGAGCUUCUUCUUCACAGUCCUAAUCAGCAAUGUUGGUGGCGCUGGUGAUGUGAGAUCAGUGAAGAUCAAAGGAACAGAGUCUGGCUGGCUCGAUAUGGGCCGCAACUGGGGCCAGAUAUGGCACAUCAACUUAGAUCUCACAGGGCAGCCGGUGUCCUUUGAGCUCACCUCGAGUGACGGCACGACAAUGACCAAUUUCAACGUUGUGCCCAAGGAUUGGGAGUUUGGCAAAACAUACACUGGCAAGCAAUUCCUGCUCUAG